AUGCUUCCCAAGUCAGUUCUUAUUGUGGCUUUUCUUGUUGCCUCCAGUAGCGCCCAGUACGGUGUUACUGGAAUGUACGAGAAUCUUCCAUUGGAAAGUACAACCGUUGAAGCAUCCGGUGAGGGCUCGGGGUACAAUGAAUCCAAUGAUGAUGGCUUCGUCACUGGUGCUGAUGCCGUUGCUAUCGAUACAGACUGUUCAACCAAGGAAGACGGACUCUAUGCAAUUGGCGGAUGCUCUCCACAAUUUUUGACAUGCUCUGGAGGAAUCGCCAGAAUCAUGGAUUGCCCAGCCAACCUGAUCUACGAUCAGCGUAUUAUUGCUUGCGAGUAUUCUUACAACGUCCCAGAGUGUAGCGGAGUCCCACAGGACGUCUCUUCGACCCAAGCUUACUACCCAGCCACGGAAGAGACGACUCCAGCUGAGAAUGUUACAGUUCCAGCUGAAACCACCGUCGAUCCAUAUGCUCCAGUUGAAGUUGCGACCACAGCCGCUCCAUCUGAGGACGUACCAGUCGAGACAACUGCCAGUCCAUAUGCUCCAGUUGAGGUUGAAACAACAACGGCCCCAGCAGAAGAUGUCACCGUUCCAGAGGAGACCACUGUUGCUCCAUAUGCUCCAGUUGAAGUAUACACCACUGCUGCUCCAGCUAACGAUGAGCCAGUGACACGUACGCUUCUCGACAAGACUUGCAACGGCAAAGCUGACGGAUUUUACUCAUUCGGACAGUGCAGCGACCACUAUAUCGCUUGCUCCAAUGGAUACACUAUCCCAAUGCAAUGCCCAGCUAGACUUUCUUUCGAUGAGGCUCGCGUCAUCUGCGAUUACACUAUGAACGUCCCAGAAUGCCAGAACGGAUCAGGAAACUACGAAGGAUCAGCCGAGGAGACGACCACUGAGGCUUCUGGAGAACUUCCAUACAGCAAUGGAUACGGAUACGAAGAGACUACUACUGCCGCCGCAGACGUUCCAUCCACUGAGGGAUACGCUCCAGAAACUACUGCCGAGGCCUGGGUGGCUCCAUACAGACUCGAAUCGACCACUGCCGCUGACGUGCCAACUACAACUGUCGGAUACGCUCCAGAAGUCAUUGAGGAGACUACUACAUCUGAAUACGUCGAGGAGACUACCACCGCCGCCGAUGUUUCAACCACCACUACUGUCGAGUAUGUUCCAGAAGUAACGGAGACUACCACUGCUCCAUACGUCGAGGAGACUACCACAGCUGAAUACGUGGAAGAGACUACCACCGCCGCCGAUGUUCCAACCACCACCACUGUUGCAUAUGCUCCAGAAGUAACGGAGACCACCACUGUUCCAUACAUUGAGGAGACUACCACAGUCGAGGAAGCCACUACUGCUGCUGAUGUGCCAACAACUACCGGAUAUGUCCCUGAAGUGAUCGAGACUACCACGACUCCAUAUGUCGAGGAGACUACCACAGCUGAAUACGUGGAAGAGACUUCCACCGCCGCCGAUGUUCCUACCACCACCACUGUUGCAUAUGCUCCAGAAGUAACGGAGACCACCACUGUUCCAUACAUUGAGGAGACUACCACAGUCGAGGAAGCCACUACUGCUGCUGAUGUGCCAACAACUACCGGAUAUGUCCCUGAAGUGAUCGAGACUACCACGACUCCAUAUGUCGAGGAGACUACCACAGUUGAGGAAACGACGACAACCACAGUCGCAUACGCUCCAGAAGUUGUCGAGACCACCACUACUCCAUAUGUUGAGGAGAGCACCACUACUCCAUAUGUUGAGGAGACCACCACCGCGCUGAUGUUCCAUCCACCACAGAGCAAAGCUACGAAGCUUCCACAGAUUCACCAUCCUGCGUCGAAGGAGCAUCUGCUAUCGAGCCAUGCUCACAAAACUAUAGAAACUGUGUCAAUGGACAUGAAUCUGUCUUCGUCUGCGAGUCGGGACUCUUCUUCUCUCCAGAGCAAGGACGAUGCACAACUGCUGACCAAAUUGCGGAGUGCCACCAACCGAACCAGUACUAAGGAAGCAACUACUCGAACACAAAACAUGCAUGCUCACUAUCACAGAAAUCACUAA